AAGAAACACAUAACACUGCACAUUUAGUUGAACAGAACUGCAAGACAGACCAUGUAUGUAUUAGUCUUCAUAGGACUGUUCUCUUUAGUCACAGGUGUCGCCGGACAGAAGAGGCAGGAUGAGCAUUAUUUUAUGGAGAACAAUUGCUCGAUGUCAGACCGAAGCGCUAGCUGCCCAUACGGAUUUUGUUGCGCGUAUGACGAGUUUUUCCGCAUCCUCUACUACUGCAAAAAGCUUGGCACCGUAGGCAAAUCGUGUUCCACUGUGUCCAGCGAUUCUGAUUGUCCCUGUGAAGAGGGCCUCACCUGUGUCCCCACCGUCCACGGGAGUACUUUUGUUACUAUUUAUGGACACUGCCAGAAGCCUGAUUCCUCCGCUAGUCCUGGAACGACGAAUAAUGGCCAUCACGUACCAAUAGUUGGAUGAUAUUUCUGAAAUAUACUUGAGAUAAAAUCUGU